AAGAAAAAUAGGAAAAAAAAAACCCGAAAACAAUGCAGAAAAAUGGAAAAAACACCAACAGUACUCAAACAACCCUAAAUGCAUCCAAAGCUACUGAAAUAACCUGAAAUUUGGCAUGUAUACUCAAUAUUUUCCAAUCCACAGUAAAUGAAAAGGGAAAAUUCAUCAACCCACACAUUCAAAAUUCACAGAUCUGCAACUAAAACCAACAAGCAUACACGUAGAAGGAGCUUUCUGGUCGUCAUGCUUCCGGGUACACCAUUUUGGAGUAGUCCCGAAGGCAAAAACCCAAAGGCGCCCCUUAUUUGCUCGGAUCUGGAAGUUACCUAGCUAGGUGAGCCAAAAACGUCGCUGGAAUCUCCUCGGGAAUUCGCUAUUCUCGCCCUCCUCUACUCCUCCUAAAAACCCAGAAGAAAAUUCCGAAUAAUUGCUGUUCUCUCUCUGAAUCCCCCGAUUUAUAGGCCUAGGGAAAAAUAAAACAAAUCAAGACUCUAAAAUUCUACCCACCCUCGGAUCUCUCUCUCUCUUCUUUCCCACCGUAGAUCACAACAAUUCGGAUUUGACCAUCCUCCUUUGUCCGACAGAACCUAGUGUUUGCAGGUGUGAUUAUUCCUUCAAGAGUGAUUUGUAGAGGGGAUUCUUGGGGUUUAUAUUGUAAAAAGGGUGAGAUUUGAGAGAAACACCCUUUUUCUUGUAAAAGGAUUGAAUGGCUCUUUUAAACCACCCUUGUUUUUCUUAGUGGAGAGUGUGGAGGAAAUCCUUGGUGAGUGAAGCUAAGUUAGAGGAUUAGAUUCCAAGUGGUUGGACCGAACCUCUAUAAAAUCAUUGUGCAAGCUCUUCUUUACUACUCUCUCUUUAAUUUUUGUUUGGUGGUUGCAAAGAGGUGAAAAUCUUCCAACUCCAAUUCACCCCCCUCUCGGAGUGCAUUGAGCCAACAAUUAGUAUCAGAGCAAGGGCUCUAAUUUGAAGGUUUAACAACCUAGGAGUUGAUCGGGGAUGGCUCAAUUUCAAGAUUCUCAACCACUUGAAGGUUUGUUUACCACUAAGCCUCCUUUCUUUAAUGGUACUAAUUAUAAUUAUUGGAAGAAUAGGAUGAAGGUAUACAUGCUUGCAAAUGAGCCUAGGGCAUGGAUUGUGACUAGGAAAGGUCCAUAUGUGCCCAUGAAAGUUGUUCGAGAAAAUGAGGUGCCAAAGAAAGAAAUUGAAUGGAAUGAUGAAGACUUGGGAAAGAUCAUGAUCAACAACAAAGCAAUCAACAUGCUUCAAUGUGCUCUUAAUGCAAGGAAUUCCAUAGAGUUUCCUGGUGUGAUACGGCUAAGGAGAUGUGGGACAAGUCAAAAAUUGAAUGAUGUAGUCACAAAUCUCAAGGCUCUUGUUAAAGUUUAUCAUUCUCAAGAAGUAGUGAGGAAGGUUCUUAAAACCUUGCCUAAGAAUUGGGAAGCCAAGAAGACCACAAUUGAAGAGUCUAAGAAUCUCAACACCCUCAAGCUUGAUGAUCUCAUUGGAAAAUUGAUGACAUAUGAGAUGGAUAUUCAAGUUUAUGGUGGAAUUUAGGUAGUUGAGAAGAAAAGGAAUGCUACAUUCAAGGCUAGCAACCAAAAAUAAGAAAGUGAAAAUGAUGCU